AAAUAUCAGAAAAUAAUGAAAAUGCCUAUUAUUAUUAUUAUUAUAUUAUCAUCAUUAGCUCAAGGUGAUGUAUUUAAAUUGCGUGUCUUAUUCCACCAUCAGUCCAAAACCUAAAUAAAUUCAGUUUACAGUCAUGUAUGAGCAUCGGUAAUGUAUUAAGUAAUAUGGUGUGUGCUGUAUGUCUUAUUGCCUGUUUCUGUUCACCAGGAUGUUGCAAGAGGGACAGUGAGUCAGUGUAGUGAAGUGUUCAUGAUGCCUUCACUGUCGGGGGUCGGGUGGACUGUUCUCUGUCUCCUUCUGCUCUGGAAGAGAACGGGAGCUCACAAUGUGGAGGUGCGGUGCUCCGUGGCACCAAUGGGGGCGCUUCACCCUGUUCAGGGUCUGCUGGAGAGGUUCGAGGCCGGGCCGGGCUGUGCUGCCAGGGAACGCGGUGACAAGGAAACUCAUGUGAUUGCAGUGGGGAGAGUGACAAACAGCCCAGAAAACAAGGUGACGGUGUUGCUGAAGCCGUUGUCUCUUCCCCCCCCACCUCUCAGAGCCCUCCACCUGCUGCUCAGCUCCAAGGUGCCGCUCACCUGGUGGCUGGAGGUUGACAGCCUGCCCCCAAAUAUGCCAGUGCUGGUGCAGGUAUCCUCAAACUCCAGCGUCCUGUCCAGCGCCCUGCGUUUAAACGUCCAAUCGGUGCCUUCGCUCCCCUUUCUUCCACGUGCGCUGCACCGCUGGGCUUUGAAGCACCACGGCAGUCUGUCCUCUCUGACACACGCAACACACGGCAAUCAAGUCUACGUCCGACUGGGAGAGGAUCACACUUUGCCUGAUGUGUGCCAGCUGCAGUCCAUGUUCGUCUCUCACAACUACCUGACCUCUGAGCUGCAGCCGCAGGAAGUGCAGGGCUGCGCCGUCGCUGCAGCAGGUGGGACCGGCCCCGAAGUCCACGUGAUCAAGCUCCAUUCGGCCGGCUCAGGGCUCUGCGGCUCUCUCCAGGUGGAGGUGAUCGUCUCUCUUGUGCCCCUGGUGGCCAACUCAAAGAGCCAGACGGUUGUGUUGAUUCUCAGCAGCUCUGUUCCAGUCAACUGGGCCGUCGUUGCUCAUGGUGUCCGGGGUCAUGUCUCUGUUCAUUCCUCCAACAGCGUGUCCCCACCCUACCCACCUGAGCCCGACCUGACCCUGUCCAGUACGCUUAACUCUAACCUGUCCACCAUACCUGACCUUCUCGCAUGGGCCCGAGAGAGCGGCUACACCGGGCUGACCUCAUACACCGAGGCCGACCUGGCCAAUCGCUUUGUGAUCCAGCUGGCUGGGGGCGUGACAGACGCGGUUGCUGUGAUGAAUCCAGCGGUCGUGAGGCCGCCCUGGGCCGAGGAGCGCCGGCUGAGGCAGUGGCUGAACGCUGGAGGCCGAGCACGAGGAGGCCGGGAGAGUUUCACGGUGCAGUGUGAGGACGGACGCCUCAGCGUGACCGUAGACCGACGCGUCCUGCAGAGCUUGUCUGUCCCAGUGACUGCCGUGACUCUGCGAGACUCAACGUGCCUGGCUCAGUCCAACAGGAGUCAUUUCCUGUUGGUGUUCCCAGUUAUUUCCUGUGGGACUGAGGGUCUUCUCCUGGGACAGCCGAGAGGGGUGCAGUACAAAAACAUGGUGUUAUUAUGGAGAGACGAGCCUGAGGCCAUCCUGGCGCUCAAUGAGACAGAAUUGAAGUCCAAAGGUCCACUCGGCAUACAUUUCAGCUGUUUGGCUGCGGUCCCCACGCUCCCCGGGUCUGCUGGAGUCGAUGAUGUCGACGUAAACACCCCCCCGGCAGGGCGGAUCUCCUGGGCACCCGGGGGUCCGGGGCCUGAUCCAGAAAUGAGACACCUUCCGACACCCGGACACAGAUCUGCGCCCGUUCUUCUUCUGAAGCUAUUUGUCGCUGAGAGCUACAAGCAGAGGCGGAUCGGCCCCUGUGUCAUAACUGCAGACCGCCGUGUCUAUGUUGAGAUUUCAGCCAAAGGGCCCUUCAUAGAUGUCGUGGAGGUGAAGUCAUGUGUGGUCUCUCCUCUGUCGGACCCGAAUACGUCUCGUUUCUGGACCGUCAUAAGCGACGGCUGCUCCUCAGACCCCUCACUGACCUUCAGUGCAAAGACAAAAGAUGAAGACGAAGAAGAGGCAGAAGGUGGUGGUGAUGAACUGGAAGAGGAAAAGGAGGAGGUAGAUGGACUGGAAAAGGGCAGAGAUGGAGAUGUCGUACUGCGACACAAAGUUGACAAAAGAGGGAGAGAAGCACCAGAGAGGAUGGAAAAGAGUAGCGCGAAUGUGGGAACACAGGAGGAGAUACGGCCUUUGAGAUUUAGUUUCAUUCUUCGACCAGUUUAUAAUGACUCUAUGCAGUUCCUCCACUGCAGCCUCCGUCUGUGUGUCUCUGACCCGAAAAAAGGGGAACCUACGGAGGAAAUAGUAAAGAAUGACUGCGAGGACAAACUACGUAUCCCUCCACUUGUUUCUAGAUCUUCCAGACACAAGUGUGAGAUCAGAAACCUCUACAGGCCCAUGGUGGUCACCCAGUCCAUCGGGUCACUGGCACGCAAACUGGGGCCCUCUGCCGGCCAAAGAACCAAGAGGCCGAGUGUCUCCCCACUGGCCAGUCCAGACCCGGAGCACAGCAUGAUGACAGGACCAGCGAUGGGAAUUGUCUUCGCUGCCUUUGUGAUGGGCGUCAGCCUGAUGGGGGGGCUGUGGUGCAUCUAUUACUAUACAGGGGCACGUCCAGAGUCACUUGGAGGAGAAAGUCAGUUAACAGACCGCACUCAUAAAGGUUGCAACAUCUGGAAUCCACUGUCAACAUCUGAUCAGGCGUCCAGCUCGGUGUAGGAGGAUUUCCUGCAAAUCUGAGAAAGGAGAACUGGAACAGAGGUUCUAACAGCUUGUGUGUGUGUACGUGUGUGUGUGUGUGUGUGUGUGUGUGCACGUGUGUGAGAGCUAGCACAGCUGCUAGAGCCGUGUUUGUGCACUUCUCCUGCAUCGUUCAUCGCUCUGCAGCGAGUGAGGACUGAAACCAUGUGAAUACAGUAGCGCUUACUCAUCGCAACGUUUGUUUGUUGCCGCCAGCCAUUCUGCAACGAGUCAUUUCAAAAGUGGCAGCGACUCGUCGCACGGAGAGACAUUCGUCUGGAUUCGACACGAUCUAAACUUGGUCGUAGUGACUCAGACGGAAACAACAUCAUCGCCUUUUAAGAGACGGAGCACGAGGUCAAAGAUGAACUGAGGUCACUGCCAGAGCCUGUUUGAAGAGUCCGUCAUUGUCACUGUUUGUGCUGUUACUGUGAAUCAGCUGGAAAACUGCAUUUACUUGUGUGUGUAUUCUGUUUGUGUUUAUAUGGCAAAUAAGAUGUAAUAAACAUGUCGUUUCACUCUCAAAUCACAUGCAAGUCAAAGGAAGUUAAUGUGCCCUGUAAAAUAUAUUAAUAGUGAAUGGGAGGCUGACAUGCAUGCGUUUCCACCUGACAGUAUGU